CUUCCCUCCUCCGAGUUGGCCCGCUCUCUUCGCCGCGAAUCCCGGCCGCACGACUUGCAGCAGACACACUUUGAUUCCGAACCGACAGCGACCGGCUGGCCCCAUGGCAUCCUACGGCCAGGCGGUCCCCGCGGCAGUGCCUCGGCCCGCCAACUACGGGGCGGCCUAUACCGCGCCCGCCCCGGUGGGUGCUCCCGGCGCGCCGGCCGGCACCUUCGCGCCCGGAACCAAGAUCCAGGUCGGAAACCACCGGGUCGUGAUUCAAAAGUACCUUUCCGAGGGCGGGUUUGCACACGUGUACCUGGUCAAGCUGCCGUCUCCUGUCAAUGGCACAGACCAGGCCGUGUUGAAGCGGGUGGCCGUGCCGGACAAGGAGUCGCUGCGGGGGAUGCGCACCGAAGUCGAGACCAUGAAGCGCCUGAAGGGCCACCGCGCCAUCGUCACCUACAUCGACUCGCAUGCCUCGGAGUUGCGCGGCGGCGGUUACGAGGUCUUUUUGCUGAUGGAGUUCUGCAACGGCGGCGGACUCAUCGACUUCAUGAACACGCGCCUGCAGCACCGCCUGACCGAGCCCGAGAUUCUCAACAUCUUUGCCGACGUUGCCGAGGGCGUCGCCUGCAUGCACUACCUGCGCCCGCCGCUGCUGCACCGCGACCUGAAGGUCGAAAACGUGCUGAUCACCAUCGUCGGCUCCGUGAGGAAGUUCAAGCUCUGCGACUUCGGCUCGGCCGCGGCGCCGCGGCCCGCGCCGACGACGGCGGCCGAGUGCCGCUUGAUAGACGAGGACGUGCAAAGACACACCACGAUGCAGUACAGGAGUCCCGAGAUGGUCGACGUGUACAGGAGGCAGCCCAUCGAUGAGAAGUCUGACAUCUGGGCGCUCGGUGUGCUGCUGUACAAGCUUUGCUACUACACAACUCCCUUCGAGGAGCAGGGCCAGCUUGCCAUCCUCAACGCCAGCUACAAGUUUCCCAACUACCCCGUCUUCUCUGACAGGCUGAAGGGGCUCAUCGCAUGGAUGCUGCGGGAAAACCCGCAAUUCAGACCUAAUAUUUACCAGGUGCUCCGGGAGGCUUGCGCCAUGCAAGGCCGGGAACCUCCCAUCAAAGAUGUAAGUGGAAAAGGCCAGCUGAGUGUUCCUUACGGUGAGCAAAGCUUACUCCCCCUACAGAUCUACUCGGGGAAGUCGCAGGCAGACCCCCAGCGGCGUGACCAGCCUUCGCCAACCCCCCAAAUUUUGUCGCCGCCAACUGUUGGCGCCGUCUUUUCGCCGCCGACAACCCAGCAACAGCAGGUGAUCCCUGAAGUCGAACGCAUGCGACGAGGGAGGGUGCCCGUUUCCCAACCUUCGCCCCAGCCCAAGCCGAGUCCGUCGCCUGGUAAAGUGACUGACGGCGACCCCUUUGCUGCUCUGGACGCCAGGCCCACAGUUCGGGGCGGGGAUGAGCUCUCGUCCAGGUUUCCGACUCUCGAUCAAUUCUCGCUCCUCCAUGAUCAGGGCCAGAAAUUCGACUUCGACACCAGUAGCCCCGUAUCCGCUCAGCAACAGCCGAAGGACUUGUCCCAGAGAGUGACAGAGCGAUUGGCAGACGAGGCCUUCCAGGUGAAGCCUUCCCGGUCUCCUGGCGCGACUGCUGCUGCGACUGCGGCUCCGGCUCAAGCUAGCCAGUGGCAGUCUGCGGAGCCCACCAGAGCUACUACCUACAAGACGGCGCCAUCCGGCUCGGCGGUCACGUCUCCGCCUCCUAAGCAGCCCGAGAUGAGCCGUGCGUCUGCCAUCAUUUCGAGUACGCCCGAGCUACAAGCUAUAUCGUCCCAGGCUUCACAGCCGCCCUCCAAACCGAUCAUGGUGUCAACCGGAACUAUGACCACCCCUGAUUUGGAGCAGCCUCCUUCACAGUAUCAAGUCUACCGCUUUCCACCAAAUGAACGCCACCGAGCCGCCAGCCUCCCUAGGUCGCCUGUGGCCAGCCAAAACCCUUUGUCGCUUGGUGACGGAGGAGCCGCGUCUCAGACGGGCGCCCGGACGCCCUCUUUCCAGAGCGCCCUUCAGCCACAACACGUGCGUUACCCGUCGUCCUCGAGGCCUUCGCUGGAAGGCGGACGACCGAGCUUGGAGCAGCUGGAUUCGACACGGCCGAAGUCACGACUGGCGACGAGACCCAGACCCGUCAGCACGCAUUUGGAAUCCAAUCUCGACUUCUUGCGGGAGAAGGAGUCGAGAUCGAGAUCUCCGGCAUUGCCGUCUCCAAGGCACUCGAUGGAAAAGAGCCUUCCCCCCAGCCCGGAUGAAGACACGAAUAUUGAAUCUAAUGUCGAGUUCCUUCGCUCAAUGGAGGACGCGGAAGCCAAGAAGAAGGACAGGGGAUCAAAGCAUCUCAAACGAGGCAGCCUAUCGUCUUUUGGUGCUGGCACCAAAAGCAUCCUGGCUGGCAAGUUCGGCGACGCCUUCAAACGGUUCGAAACAAACUCGAGCGGCCCGCCCCCGCCUCGGACACCGUCCCCGCUCAAGGAUCUCGAACGGCGCGAUCUCACGCCGAUCGCGGGGUCCGAAGCAGUCGACGGCCGCAGCGACGACGGCGAGACGCGCGAUUGGGAGGACAUGACGCCCGAGAUGCGCCGCGAGCAGGAGGCCCGCAUGCUGGCGCAGGAAGAAGCCCGCGUCGCUGCCGCGCAAGCCGAGCACCGGCGCCGUGUCGGGCAGGGUGGCGGACCCCUCUUGCCGCCCAAGAGCAUCGGCGGCGUAUCGCGUGUCGCGUCGAUCCAAAACAAGGUCCAGAGCCUGCUCGACGAGAGCAACCGCUCCUCGGCGAACAUCCCCCGCACCGCGCAGGGGUACGGGCAUUAUUCGGAUGCCGCACACGCGGCAGCGCCGGCGGCGGCCCUCGACGGGAGACCGGCGGUGCCGAGGAAGCCUGUGGGCGCUGGCGCACAGGUCUCGGGCGGGCAGCGCCCGCCUGCGUCGGGCAACAAUCCGUCCGCUACCGAGCCGUCCGCCACGACGCGCACCGCGGCCUCCGCCCCCGCAGGCGGCGCAGGACGGCCCGCCGCCCCGCCCAAGCCAACCCACUUGAACAAACCGCUCCCUACGGGCGCCACCACCAGCAGCGGACGCGCACCCUCCCCGCCGAAACAGAUCCCGCUGAUGUCGGGCCCCGCCAACAACCGGGGCACGAUCUCCUCCGCCAAGAUCCGCGGUCCCGGCCCCGGCCCCGUCACCCCGGGCGCAGCCGCUGGGUCUUGGUCUGGGUCUGCAUCGGCCGGGACCGGUACCGAGGCCCUGCUGGCAGUCGACUUGCCCGGCGGAGGCGGCUCGGCGCUGCUGACGAUGACGGCGGCGGAGAAGGACGACUAUAUCCGGGAUUUCCAGAAGCGGUUCCCGAGUCUGGGGAACAUCGAGAUGGUCGAGCGCGACCUGGCCGCUGAGGAGGCGGGGGCGGGGGCGGGGGCUGGUAUUGGCGGGGGCCGGGGGAGGUGAUAGAGGGGGUUUAGUUAUGCGGUUGGAAGGUGGUUGGUUUUGUCUUGGGGCACUCAGUAGAUGAGUGUGGGCGAAUGGGGUGCGAAAUCCGAUUUAGCGCGCGAGGGAGGUGGGAGAAGGAGUGUAAUGAGAGGCGCGAUGUUGAGGCUAAUGAGUGUAAGG